AUGCUGACUAGCGAGCUAGCUACCGACACAUCGCCAGCUGGGAGGAAGCGACAGCACGAAAGCAGAGCAGAUGAGGUCCAGGAUUCAUAAUAAAAUGUGCUGGAGCCGGGCCUUCCACACCGGCUUGGUUCUGCUGCUGCUCCAGCUGAUGCGUUUGGAGGCAGUUCCCAUCAGCAUUGACAAGACCAAAGUCAAAGAGCCGGAGAAGAAGCCUGAAGAGCCUCCAGCUAGUGUGGACACUGGACUCCACUAUGAUCGCUACCUCAGAGAAGUCAUCGAUUUUCUAGAGAAAGAUCAGCACUUCAGAGAAAAGCUCCACAACACAGACAUGGAGGACAUUAAGCAAGGUAAGCUGGCCAAAGAGCUGGACUUUGUCAGCCAUCAUGUCAGAACCAAACUGGACGAGUUGAAAAGGCAGGAGGUGAACCGACUCCGGACCCUGAUCAAAGCCAAGCAGGACCUCGAAGGAGGCAAUGACAUCGCAGUGGACCACCAGGCUCUGCUCAAACAGUUUGAGUACCUGAACCACAUGAACCCACAUACGUUUGAAGUGGACGACCUGGAUCGGCUCAUCAAAUCGGCCACUAAGGAUUUGGAGAAUUAUGACAAAGAGCGGCACGAGGAAUUCAAGAGAUACGAGAUGAUGAAGGAGCACGACAGACGAGAACACCUGAAGACGCUGGACGACGACGACAGGAAGAAAGAGGAGGAGCACUACGAGGAGAUGAGGAAGAAGCACGCUGACCACCCCAAAGUCAACCAUCCGGGGAGCCAGAAUCAGCUGAAGGAGGUGUGGGAGGAAGCUGAUGGCCUGGACCCGGAGGAUUUUGACCCGAAGACCUUUUUCAACUUGCACGACACCAAUGGAGAUGGCUUCUUUGAUGAGCAGGAGCUCGAGGCUUUGUUCACCAAAGAGCUGGAAAAAAUUUAUGACCCCACCAAUGAAGAGGACGACAUGGUGGAGAUGGAGGAGGAGAGGCUUCGCAUGAGAGAACAUGUUAUGAACGAGGUGGAUUCUAACAAAGACCGGCUCGUCUCUUUAGAUGAGUUUCUGGUUGCGACGAAGAAAAAGGAGUUUUUGGAGCCAGACAGCUGGGAGACCCUGGAGCAGAACCAGGCCUACACAGAUGAAGAAAUGAGGGAAUUUGAGGAGCAUCUCGCUCAGCAGGAACAAGACCUGAACCUGAAGGCUGUUGACCUGCAGAAACAGAGAGAUGAGCUGGAGAGACAGCAGGAGCAGCUGAAUGCACAGAAAAUUGAGCUGCAGCAGGCAGUUGAACACAUGGAGCGGCUCAAGUCACAGAAGGUGGAGCCUCCUCCAGAGGUUCACGUUGAAGGAAAUGUUGUUCCAGACAUGCAUGCAGCUGACAACCAGCUACACAUUGAACAAGAGCCCCAACAGCAAGAGCAUCCACCUGCUCACCACGAUCCUCAAGACGCACCUCAGGAACACCACGGACAGCAAAAUCCAGACCUGGCUCAGCAGGGUCUGCCCCAGACGCAUCAGGAUCUACCGCCAGGCCAUCAAGACGCUGCACAAGGCCCACACAACCUGCCAUAACAAAGCUGACUAAACUUCACAAGCAGACUUUUGCAGCGCCUCCACUCCUGCGUGCGGAGGAGCGGUCCCAUCUGAAUAUAAGGCCUCUUUAACCAGCAUGAGCAGCACCGGGGGUCUGGAGUACACUCGAGAUGAAGGAGAGCGACACAAGAGGAAUCCCUGUUGUCCCCGAUACCAGUGUUUGUUAAUAAUCUCUGGGUUGCAAAAUGGAAUCACAAUUGUAAAACAACCAACCAUGGACAAAAAGUGACCACUUACAUUCAGGAGGAGUUGAUCAGGGUUGUGUGGUCAUCCCAUCAUGUGCCACUAUCAUUUUGGUGAGCUUUCUUAGCCUGUCCAGAACCUCUGAAACGGCAUUCUGCUGGCUCCACCGCCGGCUAGAUGUGAUUGAAGGGAUGAACAGUGCAGCUGUUCAGGGGGAUAAGUUGUAAAAAAGUCUUUUUAAUUUUACCAUUUGGACUCCGGUUUUCUAUCAAGAUGCCCCCAAACGUUUAAAAAAAAAAAGAAACUACGUGCGUGACUUGUGGUGAACUGUGUUUCAGACAUUUUACAAAUUGAGAGACGUUUUUAAGAUUUUCUAUUAUUGUAUUAAAAACCCAGAAGAUGCACUGUAGACGUUUUUGGAAUCAUUUCACUUCAGAAGUAGAAUGACUCCGAGCCAGAUACAGACGAUGAUCCACAGUCGACCAGACACAGUCAGACCUUUUUAGAAAACGCAUUUUGUUUCAUCUCCAGCUGCCAUUAUUCAACCGAAAACACCCUCAGAAGCCAGACCACUCAGUCCUUUGGCGAGGAAAUCCAAAACUUUUCCUACUUUUCUUAUUCUGUGCGUUUCGCUCGCGGUGGCGCUCUGUCAGCUGUUUAUCUACGACGACGCGUCUUCACUUUCUUGUGUACAGUCAGAUUUUCUGAGUUUUCUCAGCUGUGAAGCUAAAAAUACGCGCUCUGCUUUAUAACACGUGGCGCUGGCCGUUUUUCGGGCCGCACUGCAGCUGCUUUCCGUUGACUUCGUUAACAUUAAGGUGCUAGAAUCUGAAGAAUAAAUACAGGAGAGAAUACAAACAGCAGAAAGUCCUCAUUUCUGCUGUAACUGUGAUGGGAGUUUAAAGCUAGUUACAGGACGGCCGUGUGCUUCUGGAAGUAGUUUUUUUAAACCACCCGCCUGCCCGACAGGAUGAGCAGCAAAGGGUUAAACCUCUGGAAUAGAACAUCUGCAGUGUCACAUACUAAUUUCACUUUCAGUUGUUCAUACACAUGUUCAUGAUUAUUUGACUUGAUCAUGAUUUAAAAUUUUUUUUAAAUGACAGUUUUGAUGUCAAGAAGCUCCGUUAAGGCUACAGUGGUGUGUUUAAUCAUAUUCAUCUGCUUCCGUUAAUUAACAGAGUUUAUGAGCAUCGGGGGGAAGCCCUGAACAGGUGGGAGUCAGAUAUUACCAGCAUCACAGAAAUGCAGCAAACUGUGUGAGAUCAUGAAAACCUUUGCAUUUGGUUUCUCUACUGUCAGCCGGCGUCAUUGUGUAUGACUCUGUCCAAAUAAGAAAAGCAUAUAUUUUGCUGGUUUGGUGCCAUCGCUGUGCUCUUCAGGCUGCUUUUUCUCAUGUAAUGUUGUUUCCUGUCAGAUGAUGGCCAUGGCAGACAAGGCUCUUAACGAAGAAGGCUUAAUGUGCAUCCACUAAUUACAACAUCUCUGCCUUACUGUGGUUUUACUUUACACAAAAUGUAGACAUGUUUUUUGUUGGGUUUUUUCCCGUCAUUUGUUUUCUGUGUGCAACGUGGUCCUUUGAAACAACAAUGCGUUGUAAUUUGCACAAAAAUGUACAGGUGAUGUUUCUGAUCGCUUGCUGCUGGAUACGAGAGUCAUUUGACGAUACUGUACACCUCAGUUCAAGAUAAUAAAUCAGUUUACCUUUCA